UGGAGGCCCUGCUUCGGGUAUUGCCUUUGACUUCAGCGACAUCCAAUCAUGCUUUCACCUUAGUUCAAUGUCGAUGAAUCUGAUUCGCACUUGGUGCCUAAUGCAAGCAAACUUUAUGAAAUCUACACGCUCAACGAAAGCCGGGUAUGUAGACCCUAUGCCUAUAGCACAAAUAAAUUUUAAUUACCCAUCGAGAUGGGAAUUGGAUGCGCCACAGCUAGCUGCUGGAGGGACGUUGGCGGAGAAAGAAAAGAUCCGUGCGGCCAAAAUAAGAGAAGAGUCUCUUAAGGUUGCGGCAUGGCUUGCCGUAUGUUUAAAGAAUCUCCAACACUUCGAAACAAUAUGGAUUCCAUACCACUUCAACAAUCACUGGAUAGUCAUAGGUCUCGAUGUCGGGAUGAACAUGGCAUGGAUUUGUGAUUCUGCAGAUUUUGACCCUCACACAUAUAAAGACUUCAUGUCAAUUCUCAUUACGGCAUUCAGGGCCUAUGUCAAGAAUCACAAAGGAAGGCAUGAUCCAGGUCUGGGGAGCCACUUGCGUUUCAAAUCUCUAUGUUCGGUAAGUGCGACUUAGUUUGGCAUAAAAUUACUAAUUUUUUCAGUACUUAUACUUGACACAUCUCCAUUUGCAAAUUGAAACAAAGUUUCC